AUUUUUUCUAACACUAGAACCUUAUUCUUUUCUUAAUAAAGACAUUCUCUUAUCCUUUUCGUAUUAGAUCAUCAUUCUAUUAACCUGUUUUGCUUUUCCUGGUGAAUUAAGUCCCAUCGUAUGAUAUGAGCAGGUGAAGCUUUGACUUGAAUGGUUAUUUUGAGCUUGUCAUUCAAUUACCAAAUGACUGCUGUUUACAGUUGCAUAACCUUUUUUUUUUUUGACAGCUGAACGGGUUGAAUCUGCUGUUCAGGGCCUGAGAGAAGAAUUUGGGGAGCAGCAUGUGUGGGGUACUAAAUGUGAUGUUAAAGAUGGACAGGAUGUGAAGGAUUUAGUUGCAUUUGCACAAAGAGAACUGAAAUACAUUGAUAUAUGGGAUCAAAUGCAUAUAGCUAUAAACCACUGGCAGAAGCUUCAGAUGAAGAUCUUAUUGAAGUUGUAACUACAAACACCCUUGGUUUGAUGAUAUGUUGCCGAGAGGCAAUAAAGAUGAUGUUAAACCAGCAUCGAGGGGGUCAUAUUUUCAACAUUGAUGGGGCUGGUUCAGAAGGAAGACCAACACCUAGGUACCCUUUUAGCUUACUUCAGUGUUACUCUCUAAACCAGCUAAAAAAAUUUGAUUGCUAUUGUCUUUCUCAUGCUGCUGCUUACCUUUUGCAGCCUAUUAGUUUGGUUAGACAAUGCACAUAAUAUGAUGGUCCUACUAAUCUAAUGAUGCCCUUUCUUUUUUUUUUUUUUUUUUUUUCCGGGGGGAAUAGUUAAAAAUAUCACAGUAAAGAACAUGGAGGGGGUGAUAUAUGAUGUAAUUUGAUUUAUUUUGUUUACAGAUCCUCUAUAAGACUUGUUAAAACCUGCACCUCGGCAUUUAAGUAGGUGUUGGUGGUUACCAAGUUGAUAUGGUGAGUUGGUGUCCCCAGUACAGACUUAAUAUCCAUCUAGGUCCUGUAAUUACCAUUGUUAACGUUCAUAUUGGCUAUUGGUUUUCUAGGGAUUUGACCAUCAUUUCUAGUGGGAAAGUUGUCUCUUGUCAGUGUGACUGUGAUGUGUAGCACUACAUUUUUCCAUUUAUGUACUAAUCUUUGAUA